AUGACCGACUUGGGUGAGCUACACCACUUCCUCGGCCUUGCUGUUCGUCGUGACUCUUGUGGGAUAUUCCUCUCGCAGACCCAGUAUGCUCUCGAGAUUCUCGAGCAUGCUGGCAUGAGCUCUUGCCACCCUGCCUCAACAUCCGUGGACACAUCCCCCAAGCUGGCCGCUGCCGUCGGCUCACCUGUUGCUGAUCCUUCGGAGUAUCGGAGUCUAGCCGGUGCUCUUCAGUACCUGACGUUCACACGUCCUGACAUCGCCUACGCCGUCCAGCAGAUUUGUCUUCACAUGCAUGAUCCCCGUGACCAGCACUUGACUUUGGUCAAGCGUGUUCUCCACUACGUCAAGGGUACCCUGCACCAUGGCCUUCAGCUCACACCCUCCUCUACGGAUCGCCUUGUUGCUUACACUGAUGCAGACUGGGCUGGUUGUCCUGACACUCGCCGAUCGACAUCCGGCUACUGUGUGUUCCUUGGCGACAACCUGGUCUCGUGGUCCUCCAAGCGCCAGCGCACCGUCUCCCGCUCUAGCGCUGAGGCAGAGUAUCGAGCUGUCGCUAAUGCCGUCGCUGAAGCAAGUUGGCUUCGCCAACUCCUCCAGGAGCUUAACCGACCUCUCCCUGCUGCCACAGUCGUUUUUUGCGACAAUGUCAGCGCCGUCUACAUGUCCACGAAUCUUGUUCAGCAUCAGCGCACCAAGCACAUUGAGAUCGAUCUUCACUUCGUUCAAGACCGUGUUGCGCUUGGGCACAUUCGAGUUCUUCAUGUGCCUUCUUCCCGGCAGUACGCGGACAUCUUCACCAAAGGCUUGCCAUCGCCAUUGUUCUUGGAUUUUCGGUCCAGUCUCAGCGUCCGAGAAUCUCCCGUUGUGACUGCGGGGGGCUGUUAG